AUGUUCGUCAAUCUACAACUCCAGCCUGAAAACAAAAUAGAACCAAUUCCGGCAUUGAUGUCGAUCAAAUUGAUGAUCUGGCAAGUAAUGGGAACCAUCUGGAGUCAGCUACCUCCUUUUUCCUUGGCUCUUAGCACUAUCAAGGCCACUGCUAGGCCGAAAGACUCCCCGAGAAGCCUGUUCGUUAUCCAUCUAAAUCAUAAAAACAAGGAAUUCUGGUCCGUUAUCCGUCAAGAUCCAAUACGUUUGCGUACUCCAGUCCGUUAUCCCUCAAAAUCCGUUGACGUCAGGGUACUCCGGUCCGUUAUCCCUCAAAAUCCGUUGACUUCAGGGUACUCCGGUCCGUUAUCCCUCAAAAUCCGUUGA